AUGUCAUAUCCGCAAACUUCAAAUCAAAAUCAAAAUAAGUCCAUGUUCCACGCCACAUUUCUUGAUGGCUUUCGUGGUUUGGCAGCUUUAAGCGUUCUUUGGGCUCAUAGCCAGGCCAUGUAUCCACGUUUGGAUUUUAACACAUUCGAUUAUAUGGGAUUUUAUGGUGUAAUCAUGUUCUUUGUACUUUCCGCUUUUUUACUUACUUUUCGGUCGCUUUUGGAAUGGGAAAAGUAUCAUGAAAAAAGAGAAGAAGAACAAAAGACUGAUUCAAUUGUUGUAAAUAAUGAUCAUUUAGAAAGUUGCGUGGACCUUGAAACAAACUUAUCAAACAUUCCACUCUUGUCAUCGACGAAUUCUGAUAACAUUUUUGCCCGUUUUGGUGCUUUCCUUACAAACCAUUACUUUAAGAAACCUGCAAUUGGUGCUUGGAUAUGUCGAAUAAUUGCUAAUGUUAUUAUUGUGACUAUACGAACUAAAUUAUUAAUUGCAAGCAGUGAAAGGGACGACGGUUUUUAUAGUAACAGUUUUGUGAGCAAAAUUCAUAUCUUUUUGACUGGAUCAAUAUGUGCAAUUUGGUAUAGAGAAAUAAUUCGCCUUGGAUUGUUGCCAUUGAGAUUAGAAGAAGAAAAGAAUAUUUUGGCUGAAAAUUUAAAUAAUUUUAAUAUACCUACGCUUAUAAAACCGAGUUUUGUUCAAUUAAUUAUUAGCAAAUUACCGAGUAGACAUCAGUUUGCAAGAUGGUUUUUUGAUCUUGGAUGUUAUUUCUUCGCUUUCAUUAAGCUUUGUACAUUGCCUCAUCCAGCUGAAAUAGUUUUUGGUUUACCUCGUUCUUAUGAUAUGUUUUUAGAAAGAAAAAAACUUGGUGGCUUGCUCGAUGCAAUAUUAAUUCUUUUUGGGCUCCUCUCACGAAAUGGCUCUUUUGCAAAGGCACUUUCUUGUGACUUUUUACGUUUGUGUGGACAAAUUUCAUUUAGUAUUUAUUUAUUACAUCCACUUGGAAUGAAAUUGGUGAAUGAAUGUGUGCCCUCAAUUGGAUACCAUGCAGCAAAUCAAGAAUCAGACGCAAUUGAUAAGGGUAAUGCGAUAUUGGAUGCG